AUGAUGCCAUAUUUCGACCCGAACCAAUUUGGGUUCUCCAACAUGUACAAUAUAAGCCAGAUGCAGAUCGACGAUAAUCAACUGUUACAAUGUGCUACUGAAAGGUAGGGCUGAUUUUAUUAUUUCUAUUGCCAUUUUAAACAGUUUUUUAAUUUUUUAUAAAUUGUUUAUUUUUAUUGAAAUAUUGUAGUAAGCCAUAUACGGUGAUAAAGAAUACUGUAGAAUACCGUAACCAAAACUUUUUGGAAAAUUUGUAAAGCGUGACAAAAAACUAAAACUAUCCUACCUACCCUACCCUACCCUACCCUACCCUACCCUACCCUACCCUACCCUACCCUACCCUACCCUACCCUACCCUACCCUACCCUACCCUACCUUACCCUACCCUACCAUACCCUACCCUACCCUACCCUACCCUACCCUACCCUACCUUAUUCUACCCUACCCUACCAUACCCUACCCUACCCUACCCUACCCUACCCUACCCUACCCUACCCUACCCUACCCUACCUUACCCUACCUUUUGCUCUGCUCUUCGCUGCUUUAUCUUGCCUUUUCUUGCAUUGCUUUGACCUUCCUUACCCUACCCUACUCUACAUUACCCUGCCUUACCCUGCUCUUCCUUGCCUUAUCGUGGUUUACCAUGACUUAUCUUUGUUUACCCUACCUUAUCCUCUUGCCUACCUUAUCCCCUCCCCCUCCCUUCACCCAGUUAGGCCUACUGCCACCUUUGCCCUACCCUUUAACUUAUUCUUACCCACAGUAGCUACCGUAUCUUUUACUUAUUCUUCGCUUCAGUUACUAGUUACCCUUACUUAUCAUUACCCCUAGUAACUACCGUAACCCUUCGGGUUAUGGUCACAACGACUAUUUGUUCAAGUACUACAUUUAUGGCCACAUUUUUUGAUUAAAUUCAUGACUUUGUUUGCUCAGUCCGCUUUUAAGGACUUGGCUCUUUGAAUGUUUUGUUGGCCCAAGAAUGGCACUAUGGCCAGAUGGCUUCCGGCAAAUGAUUGUGGCCCAAAAAUUUCGAAAAACAAAACAAAUAAGAGGGCCGCGGGGCAUAAAAGUGAGGGAGAUGGUAGGAAAAGUACAGUAUGGACAACGUACAACAAAAAUGCAAGAACUUUCUUUACAAAACUCGAAAUGGCAAGAACUUUCUUUACAAAGCAAAAAAUAGCAUAAACUUUGUUUACAAAACACAAAAUGGCAAGAACUUUCUUUACAAAACAGAAAAUGGCAAGAACUUUCUUUACAAAACAGAAAAUAGCAAGAUCUUUCUUUACAAAACAUAAAAUGGUAAGAACUUUCUUUAAAAUUUUUAAAAUUGCCAUUUCUGACGUUUUACUCAGCUUGAACUCAACUUGUUACCUAAAGUUUGCAAAAACCAGAGAAUUAGGGAUUUCAUUGUCUAAUCCAUUAAGUGUGUCCAAUUGCAUAACAACCGAAACGGAUAUGCAACUCGGCCAUUGGUCGGGUCAAGUGGUAGUGGGGUAAUUUUUAGUGUGGCAGACGGAAAAGAUUUAUCAGGGCUUGGAUUUAGAUAACAAAUUUUAAUUUUUAUGUAACAAAUUUAAAACUUUGUUGAAAUUGAUUAAAAGAAUUAUUUUUUACUAAGGGUGAAAACAAACCGUAUUUUACAAUUAAAAAACUUAUUUUAUGUUUUUGCAGCUUGCAGGUAACAAGUUAUACAAUGGAAAGCAUUUUUAGCUCUGUAAAUAAAGUUAUUGCCGUUUUUUGUUUUGUAAAGAAAGUUUUUGCUAUGUUUUGCUUUGUAAAGAAAGUCCUUGCCAUUUUUCGUUUUGUAAAGAAAGUUCUUGCCAUUUUAUGUCUUGUAAACUGAAAAGUGGUUUUGGUCCCCUGCCCUACGCCAUGCCUAUUCUAUCCUACCCUCUUCUAACCUGCCCUCAACGGCCUUCCUCCACCCCCCCCCUACAAUAUAUUAUUUAUACAUGUGAAUAAGUAAAUUAUGCCAUAACGAGAUUGUGAAGCUGAUCCGCUCCUUGUCCAAACACUCAGCUGGCCAAACAUUCCCGGCUGUGUUUGACUUUAUUUGGCAAGGUGUUCCGACGGAAGUAUUAUAAAGUCAGGAGGAUAGAGAGAGUUGGCGGGAAAUUUGAAUUUUAAAAAUUUUGAAAAAUUUUUUUUGUAAAGAAAGUUCUUGCCAUUUUAGUCAAAAAAACCAAAAUUUUUGGUUCUGCAGCUUGCUGUUGACAAGUUAUACGGUAAAUACUGUUUUUGCUCUUCUUAUAGUUUCUAAAAAAAGUGCUUGCCAUUUUGUCAUUUGUAAAGAAAGUUCUUGCAAUUUUUUGGUUUUUAAGAAAAUCCUAGCCAUUUCUUGUUAAACAAGUUAUUUUUGGAUUUGCAGGCUGUAGGUAACAAGUUAUACGAUGAAAAGCAUUUUCUAUAGUGUAAAGAAAGUUUCUGCGAUUGUUUUUGAUCUGAACUUAGUAAAAGUCGUAUUUUACUACUUUUUUCACUACUCAAUUUUAUUUUUAUCGUAUUUUACAGCUUAUUUACAGUAACCGUCUUUUCGUUGUAACACCUACAGUAACCCCCCCCCCCUAACCCCCUAAACCUUUCCAAUUUAAACUAAUUGCGAUUUAAAGUCGGCUUCAAAGCCCAAGCCGAAUGGUGUUAAAGAGCGGUUUGGGACUUUGUAAAAAAAACUUUUUCCUUACCCCUGCCAUAUCGGAUUUCAAUGAUCUUGGCUGUGCCACUUUCAGCGGAUAAACAAUCCUUAAGUUGAGGUUAGGUUGCGCAAUUUCAUUAAGUGUGGUACCCGGUUUGGGCAAACAAUGCAAGGAAGCAGGAACUUUGUUUACAGUAAUAAAUUUUGGUAUAAAAGUGCAAGAACUUGGUUUACAGGACUUUAGGUGGCAAAAACUUUUUUUACAAAAUAAAAUGGUAAGGACUUUCUUUACAAAACAACAAAAAGCAAGAACUUUCUUAACAAAACAAAAAAUUAUUUUUGUCGUAUAACUUGUCAUCUGCAGCCUGCAAAACGUUAAAAUAGCUUAUGUAGACAAAAAUGGCAAAAACAUCCCUUACAUAAGAAAAAGUAGCAAAAACUUUCUUUACAAAACAAAAAACGACAAGAACUUUUUAUACAAGCCAUAAACUGACAAAAACUUUCGUUCCAAUGCCAAAAAUCAAGUUUUCUAAUCAAUUUUUACCCCAGCCAUGUCCUUUUAUAAAUUCAAUGUUUAUCCAUUGCCUCUUCAGGCUUCUUCAACACAAACAGAUCAGUACAAUAACGUCGAGAGAAAGAGAGAGGUGGCUUCGAGAGUCGCAUAGGUAUUGACACCCCGCAGCGUCACAAUGACAAAACUUUUUUGUUUUACUUUACUUUGCUGGUUGAGAGGGUCAAAAGAACAAACAUUGGGACUAAUAUAAGAUAAUCAAGGCUAGCUAAAUCAAAAGAAAUGCUGAACUUUUGAGUUUUAUAAAAAAUCUUGUUUUUGUAUUUGUAAAGAAAAUUCUUGUCAUUUUAGGGUUUGUAAAGAAAGGUCUUGCAAUUUUAUGUUUCGUAAAGAAAGUUUUUACUAUUUUUUGUUUUGUAAACAAAUUUUUGUAAUUUUUAGCUUUGUAAAGAAAGUUUUUAUCAUUUGUAUCAAAAUAAGUUAUUUUAAGUUCUCUGCAAGCUGCUCGUGACAAAUUACACCAUGACAAUUAGUUUUUAUUUUGCUGCAGACUGCGGGUGACAUGUUAUACGGCGAGUACAAUAACAGUUCAAAAAGCCGUUCUAAAGUAAAAAAAUAAAAAAAACUAAAUACCUUACUUACAUCUUGAACAUAUUAAGGUGUCCAAAAAAACAAUGAGCUACCACGUUCAAAAAUUAAUGAGCCAUGAAUCAUAUAGUGAAUUUUAAAAAAAUCGAAAUACAGUAUCAUAGUACAAUAUAAAAUUUUGAAAAAGCUACAAUAUAAAAAUAUAAAUCAAAUCCAACAAAAAUAAAAAGCAUUCCAGUGCUCCCUCCUUGGACUCCUUUCCUGUCUCCUACAUCAAACAGAUAUGCAAUGCCAUCGAGAAACAGAAAGAUCAGGCCAUGUCAGAGAGUUUCCUCAACAAUUUUUUACUUCAAAUCGGCCUGACCAGACAUCAUAAUGAACCAUGUGUCCUUAAACUAAGAGCAUUACAGUUGUUUCAACAGGAAAACUUUAAAGAAUUAUAUUUUCUAUUAGAAUCGACCACAUUCCCAAGAGAGUAUCAUCCUGAUCUACAGUAUUUGUGGAAUGAAGCUCAUUAUAAAGAGGUAAGUACUAGUCCCCGCCCAGAGCGCUAGCCCAGAGCGCUAGCCCAGAGCCCUAGCCCAGAGCCCUAGCCCAGUGCCCUAGCCCAGAGCCCUAGCCCAGAGCCCUAGCCCAAAGCCAUAGCCCAGAGCCCUAGCUCAGAGUUCUAACUUUAGUUCUAGCUUUAGUCUUAGGUCUAGCCUAAUUUUACGCCUGUUUUACUGUAGCGUAGACCUGUAACGCGGCGGCCGGGCCUUACAUUUUGAUUCGGCUUUGCCCCUUUUCAGUUUGCUUUAGACCGGGGCCGGGCUGAACUAAGUGGGUCCGCUGUCAGUCCUGUUUUAGCUUUACUCUUGCUGAAUUUUAGUCCUUGUGCUUAGCUCUAGGCCCAACCGUUCUUUUUUUACAUUACUAUUUUCAGACCGAACGAACGAGGAGUAAAGACGCGCCACUAGACCCAGUGACAAGGUAUCGAGUACGGAAGAAGCACAGCUAUCCGAAGACGAUUUGGGAUGGAGAGCAGACUAUGUAUCAUUUUAAGGUAAUUAUAAUAUACUUCUACUACAAUUGACCCUGUUUGGACUUAUAAAGAAGCCGGAUCUAAUCUUGAGCCUAAUUUCAGACCAGUAUAAUCUGGUCCGGCACGGUCUUUUUCAAUUUUUUUCCAAUUUGGCUGGUGGCCGGGAUGGGUUGGGUCAACGCCGGAUCUAAAAUUUUUUGCUAUUUUGUGUUUUGUAAACAAAGUUCUUGCAAUCUUAAAUUCUGUAAAGAAAGUUCUUUCCAUUGUUUGCUCUGUAAAGAAAAUUUGUCAUUUUUUAGAAAUGUGACCGUCGGAUAUUGAGGAAUGCCUACCUGAAGAACCCAAUGCCAUCUCAAGCCGAAAAACAGGAGCUUUCAAAUCAAACCAACCUCAACGUCACCCAAGUGUCAAACUGGUUCAAAAACCAACGACAACGGGCACGGCAGAGCACAAAGUGAGUUUGAAAUGACUUUCGUUUUGUAAAGAAAGUUCUUGCCAUUUGCAUCAAAACAAGCCAAUAUUUUGAGAUUUUGCAGCUUGCGGGCGACAAGUUAUACAAUAAAAAUUGUUUUGCCAUUUUUGUUUUGUAAGGAAAGUUGUUGCCCGUUAAUGCUUCGUAGAGAAAGUUCUUGUAAUUUUUUGUAUUGUAAAGAAAGUUUUUGCAAUUUUCUGUUUUGUAAAAAAAGUUCUUGCCAUUUUUUGUGUUGUAAGGAAAGUUGUUGCAAUUUUUUUUUGUAAAGAAAGUUCUUGCCAUUUUUCGUUUUGUAAAGAAAGUUCUUGCCAUUUUUCGUUUUGUAAAGAAAGUUCUUGCCAUUUUUUGUUUUGUAAAGAAAGUUCUUGCCAUUUUUCGUUUUGUAAAGAAAUUUCUUGCCAUUUUUUGUUUUGUAAAGAAAGUUCUUGCCAUUUUUCGUUUUGUAAAGAAAGUUCUUGCCAUUUUUUGUGUUGUAAACAAAGUUUUUGCCAUUUUUUGUAUUGUAAAGAGCGUUUUUGCAAUUUUCUGUUUUGUAAAGAAAGUUCUUGCCAUUUUGAAUUUUGUAAAGAAAGUUCUUGCAAUUAUUUGUUUUUUAAAGAAAGUUUUUGCCAUUUCCUUAACUUUUACUAAAAUGCCAAACAUAAUAUGCCUUUCCUUUUCAGACAUUCCAAGGACAAGUCCACCUUCGACCUGUUUUCGGAUUCUGACUCCAACCGGUCGAAUAAUUCAUGUUCGAAAGAGUCAAAUGGGUUGGCCGAGUUGGAUGAAAAUCAAAUCAAUAGUAGCCUAAAUGGAAUUGAUAUUCAGCCAACGACUGCCAUUCAAGGCUUUCAGCAGCCGUUUUACUCGAACUAUUCUAAUACUUUUAACAAUUUCAAUAGUAUGGCUGGUGCUGGGCUUAAUGCUACACAGGUAGGGUAGUACUAUAUUAAAAUUGAAAGUGUUGUGUAGGGUGGGGUUGAACAGUGUAACUUAUAGGGUAGGAUAAAAAUAGACUAAGGUAGGGCUAUUUGAAAGGUAAGUUACAUUAGAGUAGAUCGUUUUAUAGGGUAAAGUACGGCAGCGUAGAACAUAUUAUAGGACGCGGUAAAGCAAUCAAAAAAGCGGUGUAAGCAGCGCAACCUAAGGUAGAGUAAAGCAUUUUAUAGGUGUAGAGUACGUACGGCAAGGAUUUUUAUAAGGGUGAGGUGUACUAGGGUAGAGUAAUUUAUAAGAGUAGGUAAAGUUACCGAAGAAGGUUACGGUAGGUCGACUUAGAGGGAAAGGGUGCGGUACGCAGGGCGUUUAUAGGAUAAGACAAAUAUAAAUUACAGUGCAGGGCAUGGCAUGGCAAAGUAUGUAAAGCAGAGCUAUUAAUAAGAGUAGUGUGCGGUAGUGAAGAAAAUUUUAUGGAAAUAGGGUACUGUAGAGUGGAGUAGGGUAAGGUACGGUAGGACGGUAUAGUAGGUAGAGUAGGGUAGGGUAGGGUAGGGUAGGGUAGGGUAGGGUAGGGUAGGAUAGGGUAGGGUAGGGUAGAUUAGAUAAAAAAAAUUUCCUUUACAAGCUUUGCAAAUACGGAAACUUUCUUUCCAGAUGUACCCAUUCGCAUUCGGAGCCAACUACAACCCAAUGUAUUAUAACAGUUACUAUCAACAGUAUUCGGCCAACCAAUUACAGUCUCAAAUGUACCUCAAAUCGCAAGAAGGCGACCAAAAUACGACCAUAUUCUUCGACCAAAACAUGGUAACACCAUCGAACGAUGCUGCUACACUAACGCCUCCGGAAUCGGAUUCAGGCGUGGUAAACGUGGCGGGUGGUACUGGUUUCAAUGUAAAAUACGAAGCAUUAUGA